AUGGCGACCCACGGGCCACGCGCGCCCCCUCCGCCCGCGCGGCCGCUGCGCGAGACCCGCGACGCGCCCACUGCCGGGACCCCCGUCCAGGCCUCGCGACCCCGGCCCGGCCGGACCCCCGGCGGCGCGGUGGUGAGUUCCUACAAGAGGGUAGACUGGGCUCCAGAGGCAGUAGAGAAAAGGGGACCAUACAUCAUGACCCGAAUGCCUUCCAUCCAGGCCAAGUUGCAGAAGCACCGGGAUCUGGCAAAGGCUGUCCUGCGGAGGAAAGGCGUGAUGGGAUCCUCUUCACAUCAUCCCAAUUCUUCAGGGAAAAGGUCAGUGAAGUUUAACAAGGGUUAUGCUGCCCUCAACCAAAGUGCAGAUGAGAACCUGGUGUCUCUCGAUUCAGACAGUGAUGGAGAACUGGAAUCCAGAUACUCAUCAGGGUACUCCUCUGCAGAGCAGGUGAAUCAGGAUCUGAACCGGCAACUGUUGCAAGAUGGUUAUCACUUGGAUGAGAUGCCGGAUGAUGAAGAUCUGGACCUCAUUCCUCCCAAGCCCAUGGCCUCCUCAUCUUGCACCUGCUGCUGCUGCUGCCUCGGGGAAGCAUUCUCCUGCACUGUCCAGUAGGCAGCGCCUGCCUUGGGGGAAGCCACAAGAGGGACAGUAGCUUCCCCCGGGCCUAGAGAGCCGUCAGCACCAGAUUCAUCAUGAGCCAAACAUCCACUUAGGAAGGUCAGUGACUUGCAGUAUGCUCUGCCAUGCUGUUUCUUGGGCCAAAGGCUCUAGAGGUUCAGGUGGGAAGUGCAUGGGAAUGUAGGAGGGCUACACCCAGCUUCUCGCAGAUGCAGCAGUCAUCACAUUGGGAGAAGACUCUUCUGUACAGGGAGGGAAAUGUAGGAUUUUUUUGAUUCUUAAGAAUAAGGGUAGGGGCAGGUAGGUGGCUCAGUGGAUAGAGCACCGGCCCUAGAGUCAGGAGGACCUGAGUUCAAAUCC